ACAGUGUAGAGAGAGAGAGAGAGAGAGAGAGAGAGAGAGGAUGGCGGCGGCGGUGACAUCGGAAGAAGGAGGGAACGUGCAAGUGUUCGUAGACUGGCUUGAGGUGAAUGGAGGUGAGUUACGAGGCUGCACCAUCAACUCUUCCGACAAAGGAUUCGGCAUUUUCGCCGACGUUGAAGUCUCUUCCGAUGAGGAUGUAUUGGUGGUUGUUCCGCUUGAAUUGGGCAUCACACCAAUGAGAGUUCUGCAGGAGCCUCUCCUCGGUCCAGAGUGUCGCUCCAUGUUCGAACAAGGUCAUGUCGAUGACCGCUUUCUCAUCAUUUUGUUCCUUACUUUUGAGCGUCUUCGUCCUCUUUCUUCUUGGAAGCCGUAUCUUGACAUGCUUCCCACUCGAUUUGGCAAUCCUCUUUGGUUUUCCGAUGAUGACUUCCUUGAGCUCAAAGGCACUAACUUGUACGACGCUACCCUGUUACAGAAGAAGAAGUUGCUCUCACUUUACCAUGACAAAGUGGAGUCCCUCCUCAAAAAGCUUCUUCUUUUGGAUGGCUGUUCUGAAAGCAUUGUUUCCUUUGAACACUUCCUCUGGGCAAAUUCUGUGUUCUGGAGUCGUGCAUUGAACCUUCCUCUUCCACAUUCUUUCGUCUUUCCACAAAACCAAGAAGAUGUUGGAGGGUGCCAAUCAACACCUGCAACGGAUUCCCAUCAAAAAGAGAUUCAUGAUAAAGCCCCUGCCACCGCAUCUGUAGGACCUGGAGAUACUGUGUGGGUUGAAGGGCUUGUUCCCGGCAUUGACUUUUGCAACCAUGACUUGAAGCCUGUGGCGACUUGGGAAGUUGAUGGGACCGGAUCAGUAUCUAAAGUUCCUUUCUCCAUGUACCUUCUCUCCGUUGCACAAAAUCCUAUUCCAAACAAGGAGAUAACGAUCAGUUAUGGUAACAAAGGAAAUGAGGAGCUUCUUUACCUGUACGGAUUUGUGAUAGAGAACAAUCCCGAUGAUUAUCUCAUGGUACAUUAUCCUGUUGAGGCGAUUCCGAGCAUCCCUUUCUCUGAUUCCAAGGGACAGCUUCUUGAAGCUCAGAAAGCUGAACUCCGGUGUCUCCUGCCAAAAUCUCUCCUGGAUCAUGGUUUUUUCCCACAAACCACAUCAAAAGUCAGAGAAAGCGAUGAGAAGGGAACAGCUGCUAGGUCCUGUAAUUUCAGUUGGUCGGGGCAGCGUAAGAUUCCAUCAUACGUGAACAAACUAGUUUUCCCAGAAGAUUUUAUGACUGGUUUGAGGACAAUUGCCAUGCAAGAAGAUGAGCUUUACAAGGUCUCAGCUAUGCUUGAAGAGCUUGUAGAGGCAAGACCAGACGAGCAACCCAGUGAAACUGAGGUGAGGAUGGCGGUAUGGGAAGCAUGCGGGGAUUCUGGAGCUUUGCAGUUGCUUGUGGAUCUCCUUAAUGCAAAGAUGAUGAAGCUGGAAGAGAAUUCCGGCAGUGAAGAACAAGAUGCUGGGCUCCUUGAUGAGGCAUGCGUCUUGGAGAGCCAUGAACAGCCCAGGGAGUUGGAGGAGGGGAAAAGGAUGAUGAGCAGAAACAAGUGGUCAAGUGUGGUAUACCGUAGAGGCCAGAAACAACUUACUAGACUCUUUUUGAAAGAAGCAGAGCAUGCCCUUCACUUAGCCCUCUCCUAGGCUGGAAUGUUUGACUUCUUUUAAAUUAUUGUACUGUAGCUUUUAAAGCGUGAUCCCAUAUUUUCUACAAAACUCAUUUUAAUAGAAUUCAAAGUUUUUAGUUUCUGUUUAUAUUUGUAAAACCUGUUCGGAUUUAAUUUUGUAUUGGAACCAAAGGAAUCAAAAAUUCUCAAUAUUA